UAAAAAUGGCGACUAGUGGCAACUGUGUUUCUUACCUAGCCCAUUUCAAAGACUUCCGGUUUUACUUCGUCUGACGUUAAGUUGUUGGAAAAGACAGUCGUCAGAUGUUGAGUUGUUUCUGAACGCAACGUGCUUUGAAGGGUGCUAGAUUUAUUAUGGCUGUAGCUAUGAGUUCAACUUGUCCGGGUAUAUACUGUGGGAAGACACUAAUAAAUGGCUCGUUGGAGGGGGAAUGCGGGGUGUGUCCACGAGGUGAGAGGACCAAUUUCCAUUCGAAGAUCUGUGAAAAAUGCACAGAGUCCCCGGAGCUGUAUGACUGGCUGUACCUGGGGUUCAUGGCAAUGCUCCCACUCGUCCUACACUGGUUCUUCAUUGAAUGGUAUUCGGGAAAGAAAAGCUCAAGUGCGCUUUUCCAGCACAUCACCGCACUACUGGAGUGCAGCGCGGCAGCCAUUGUUACGCUGCUGGUGAACGACCCGGUGGGACAGCUUUCCAUCCGGUCCUGCAAAGUCGUAAUGCUGUCGGACUGGUACACUAUGCUUUACAACCCCAGUCCAGACUACGUCACCACACUGCAUUGCACACAGGAGGCUGUCUUCCCACUGUACACAAUAGUUUUGAUAUACUACGCUUUCUGCCUGGUGUUCAUGAUGCUGCUGAGGCCCCUCCUGGUGAAAAAGAUUGCGUGUGGUUUAGGGAAAUCGGACCGCUUCAAAAGCAUCUACGCUGCACUCUACUUCUUCCCAAUCCUUACUGUUCUACAGGCUGUUGGGGGAGGCCUCCUCUAUUAUGCAUUUCCAUACAUUAUCUUGGUCUUGUCCUUGAUCACCCUCGCGGUCUACAUGUCAGCCUCAGAAAUACAGUCCUUCAAGAACCUCAUUGCCAAGAAAAAGAGGCUGGUGGUUCUGUUCAGUCAUUGGCUACUCCAUGCGUAUGGCAUCAUCUCUAUCUCCCGAUUGGACAAACUGGAGCAAGACCUGCCUCUGUUGGCCCUGGUCCCUGGCCCUGCGCUCUUUUACUUGCUCACAGCCAAAUUUACCGAGCCAAACAGGAUCUUGUCAGAGGGAGGCAAUGGGCACUGAGUGCUCCCCCCUGGGUGUGGAUGCAUGCCUUCUAAUUGCCUGCAUAGGUGGCAAAGUGCAGGAUCAUCACUGUUCACACUGUUUAGCUACCAUUUUGCCCAGUCAACAGCAGUGAUCUAGUGGAGAUGAUUGCAGUAGUUGUUUACUCUUGCUUUGUAUCAUAACUGCUUCAGGUGGUGGUUUUGUGACAGCUGUAUGGAAUUGCCAUCCCCUAUGAAAAUUACUAUUGAAAGAACUUUAUGUAUAUACUUGCAGACAGUAAAUUUUCAAAUAUAUAUGUCUACAGUACCUGAAUAUGUGAAUUAUAUUGCACACUUUUAUGUUUCUGGUCAGAUUUGUGCUUCUCUCUUUUAAUGUGCACAUUGAAUUUGUUGGAUUUUAUAUUAGUGUCUUGUGGAGUUUCUUUUACAAAUAAUUUAAAUCUGGAAUAUGAUUCAUCAGUCCAGUAUUUCUGUUUGACUAACUUGGUGCAGUUACUUGAUUUUUAAAACAAAUACAGCAGUUGUACUCAUGAUAUUUGAGGUGUUCAGUACCUCAUCACAAAGGUGGUAAGGAGUUUUUGGAUCAAGAAAGAUCAUUACGAGAUCAGUGUGCCAAAUCCUUUAUUGUACCCUUUUUCUGCACGCAGGUAGCACUGAUGUUUAAGUCAUAUAAGACUGAAAAAGCCAAAUGUUGGUAAUACCGUUUGCAUGUAUCUUAAUCUGAUGCAUUAACACUAUUGUUGCUGCUGAGUAUGAUUAAUUGUAUAUAGCCUACCUGUACACAGCAUGCCUAAGUAUUUUCUAGCUGUAUCGAUAAAGUGUGCAUGCAUGUGUCUGCCUGCGUAUGUGCUUGAAAUUACAGGGGAUCAACUUAUUUGCAAAAAUUAAUUUGGUUAUUUAUUUUUUUCUUUCUGUAUGUUAAAGCAGCAAAUGUAGAAUUUUUUCAUUUCUAUUUAUAUAAAUGUAAAUGCAAGGAGAUAUCUUUAAUAUUUAAAGAAAUAACAUUGCAAUUUACAGAAGUUAAUUUUUUUUCUUUCUUGAAUUUCUAAGUUUUCGACAAGAAAUUCCACCAUGUUCUAAACAUCAGUGCGUUAUGAAGGUACACGGUAAAAUGUCCAGUGUUAAUUCAGCUCUUAACAGAUAACAGUUGGUCCCAACCUGGAAUGUGGGACCAAGUAUUAUCUGUUAAGAGCGGAGUUUACACUGUUGGAGUUGAAUUAACACUGGACAUUUUACUGUGUAGCUUUGAUAUUGCCGUUUGACCCAGUUAAUAUGUUGCGUAUGUGAAAGGAUGGUCUUGGUGUCUUGAUCCAAACAUGGAUAUAAUUGCAUCAAUGUAAAGGUUCUAACAAAAGCGGUCAUUUUAUUCAAAUAAACAAAUGUUAUCAAA